CACUCCGGUCCAGUUGGCGGUGGUAAAUGCACCAUCUAAGCUGGUCUUCCAACCACCAUAAAACAUGUAAAGAAGAAGAAAAAGUUGUGCAUGGUAUUGUUACACCGCAGAAAUGGUGAGUGGCCUAUUUACAUACUUUUAGAUGUGCAAUGUGGUCUGGUCUUUUUUUUUUUUUUAGCAGAGUACUGCUCACACAUGCUACAUGUGCACCAGCCAUUUUACCUUCAGUAAUCACACCAAAAUUGCUAGCUGCAGCUAGUUUGCAUAUCAGUAUUUGUGAAUUGUUAGGCCUGUUAUGUCAGAUCAUUACAACAUUACUAACUUUAUAUUUCAAUAUAUUAAUUUUUUUUAUUUAUACUUAUAUUUCAAUAAUUAACAAGCGCUGUAAAACAACAGUAAGCAAGAAUGCUGCACUGGUGGAAUAGCGUAAACUAUCAUUGCUCUUUGGAUAAAAAGAUGAAGUACGCCUACUCUUAGACACUCAUAUUAAAGAUAAAAAGCCUUAUUUCACCACGCUAUAUGACUAGUUUUUUAACAACAACUUCUAUCUGCGGAACUGUAGCUGUUUUAUGUUAAAAGCUUCAACGUCACUUCCCAUUUACCAAAACUCAAAGUGACUGACAUUCAUCCUCUUAUUAACAUAACAAGCAACUUUACCCAGACAUCAGAUGCAACACUACAUCAUUAAGAAUGUAAAGUGUAGAUCUACAAAAGUGUAGUUUAAAGUACUUUAUGAUACACACUUUCUUUAGGAUACACAACAAUUGUCCAAAGAAGACUUCUUAAACAAUUAUCAAAUACAGUAAUCAGUGAGAGUGGCUAAGGUUGUCCUCUCAAACAAAAAAAAUUUGUAAAAGAUUUAUGUGUUUCAUAUAAUGUUUUACUAAUACAGAAGUUCUUUUUGGCCUGUUAGGAUUUGGAAACAAAAAUUAAGGCAUUGAAAAGACAGCAACAAAAAGCUCGUAGAAAAUCAAAAAAGAUCAUUUUGGCUCUUCAGAAAAAAAAUGAAAACACUUCUGAUAGUGAACACUCCUCCAGAGAACUUGAAUCAGACUACUCAUCAGACGACUCAGGAAAUAUGCUGAAUGUUGUGGAGCAGCAUCUAAAUGAAGACUUGCAAGAACAGUAUGAUUCAGAAUCACAACAGAAUACCAUAAUUAAUAUGCAAGAUCAAGUGCUAUGGUAUGAAAUUGAUAGACUAAAUGAUUCCAUGGAUGUUACCAGUGAAAGUAACUCAGAGCUAGCUUUGUCUCUGGAGAAAAAGCUGUCUGAGUGGGCAAUGAAAUUCAACAUCUCCAUGACCUCUCUCACUCAUUUGCUUAAGAUUUUGAAGGAACAUGACAUUGAUGUUCCAGCAGACGGACGAACACUAUUGAAAACACCUCGUUCUGGCAGUUUGAGAAUAACAGAAAAAUCAGGUGGCAAAUACACAUAUUUUGGAUUAAAGGAAGGUCUUACGCAUACUCUGUCUGAGCAAGACACUUCAAAAUACGACCACUUUGAGAUUUCUUUGAAUAUUGAUGGCCUACCCAUUUUCAAGUCCAAAAACCUCACAAUGUGGCCACUUCAGUGUGCUGUCAUCAACAUUGAUGAAGUGAAAAACAGUCCUUUUGUUGUUGCUCUGUUUUCUGGAGCAAAGAAACCAAAUGAUUUGGAGUUUUUGAGGGAUUUUAUGGAGGAGCUGCAAGAACUGAUGGAAACAGGCUUUAAAGGGAAGAGAAUUGUCCUCAAAAACAUCAUAUGUGAUGCACCAGCACGAGCCCUCAUCAAAGGAAUAGUUCAGUUUAAUGGCCGCUAUGGCUGUGACUUUUGUGAUGUAAAGGGAGUUCAUGAGAGCAAAAUGCUUUUUUUGUAUAAAGGAAAUCUCAGAACCAAUGAGUCAUUUAGACAGAAGACAAAUCCUGAACAUCACAAAACAGAUAGCAUUCUUUUGAAUCUGGACAUUGAUAUGAUCAGGCAGUUCCCAAUAGAUCCCAUGCAUUGUGUAGAUCUAGGAGUGACUAAGCGAAUGUUGAUGCUGUGGAAAGAAGGACCUUUGGCCCAUAGAUUAUCAGCUGGACAUCUUAGCACCAUUACUUAUUUUCAUCAAGCUGUCCGACAUCACAUACCUCCUGAAUUCAAUAGGAAACGUCUCGGGUUACGUCUGUAA